AUGGGAAUUGACUUCAAGAAGGUCCCACCACUUCCUGCACCCACCGAGACAGAGUCAACGACACCUACCGAGCUGGCAACUGAUGUGUCGAAGCCUGCCGACAACAAAUCCACCUAUUCCCUUCCCGAGGACGGCACACCAGUCACCAUCAAGACCCGCGGUAGAUCCCAUAACCAGAAAACACUCCUAAUUGAAUAUAUCGAAAACCAAAAGCCUGGCGCCUCGGGAUCUGAGUCCGAUCGCAGGCCCAGUGUUCGCGUCCGCGUCACAACACCCUCCUCGAGAGGAAAAAGCGGGAGCGCCGGCGGCCGGAUCCAGAUCACCGAGACCGACGACGCCUAUACCCCCACCUAUUCUCGCCGACGCCCACUCUCUCCGCUAACCUCCCCUUCGCGCCCCUCUGAGCUGAAAGACCUCGCUGACGACCAGAGCAUCGGCUCUUACGCUUCCGCCACCGAGGAGUCCAACGUCUCGAGGAAUCAGCCCAUCGAAAUAGGUAUCGAUUUAGGCCGCAACUCUCGGAGACGUCGGCCCGCAAGCCCUCUAAUACCGACAAACGAGACCAUGGCAUCCCUAAUGCCUAGCACCAACCAAUCCGAGAUAUCUGCCAUCCCUUCUGAUAGCUUCCUCGACGGCUCCGGCCCCACGAGGUCCCCCGAAGGAAGGUGGAUGGCUACCCCCACAUCGGCCGAGAAACUCAAAAGCACCAAGACACGAACCGUUAGCCGUGAGAAGGUCAGGAUUUCCGAAAAGUCGUCGAAAGAUAGGUCGGAACGGAAGCACAAGUCCAGCAAGAGCCGGACGAGUAGCGUAAGCGACAAGCAUGGCGAUAGCGGCAAGUCUCCGCGGCGCCGAUCGAGCCGAACCCAUGAGUCCGUUGUUUCGGGCGCCGACUCGAGCGUUGUCUCGUCCAAUUUCUCCCCAAGCCAUCGGUCCAUGGAUCAGCAUUCGAUGCGCUCCGAGUCCUCAUCUAAAUCUAUAAACAACCCUAAGCUGCUCCAAGCCGUCGAAGAUGCUAUUUGCCGCCUUAUCCUUCCUCAACUUGACUCCUUACGGCGGGAGCAGAGCAUGCGUGAGGCAAGACGUGGCUCCGUAGUAUCCGCGGGGACCUCCAUCUCCAAAGAAGACUUGACUGGCGACCGCAGAAGACUUUCCGACAGAUCGCGGGAUUCUCGGCAUAAGGACCGCAGAGACAGAGAAGCUCGCCACGAUUUCGCUGACGCAUCCUCCCAAAUCUAUGAUCGAGAGUCCUUAGAUGGGUCCUCGAUUCUCGAGGCAGAGCCCCACACUCCUAGAAGGAAGAGUACCGAUAUGCUGAAGGCUGCUGCGGCUGCGGGCGCCGUUGGUGGAUUGGCUGGCUCUGCGUUGUCAUACUCGCCCACAUCCGCCGAUGACAAGAAACAACGGCGCCGGAGACGCGCCGAGUCCGCCAGGAGCCGGAGCAGAGCGAGCGACACGUAUACUGACGAAUUUGACGACGACGACCAACUUGCACCCGCCCCACCUAUGCCUCUCAUGAGCGAAAUUAACCCAUCAGACGUUACCAGAACCUCGAUACUCUCUGCCGAUACUGACAGACCCCAUUCUGCCUCCGAGGAGAUUGCCCCUGUUCGUGACGUCGCCCGUGGGGUUGCUUCCGCCCAGUCCACUCCCGCCGCCCCCACCAAAACGCCCAAUGCUCUCCAGCAGGGUCUCAGCACGCAGCAUGCCAACAUUUCGCAUGGAGACCUGACUGCGCUGCGCAACAGUCGGCUGGAGUCUGAAGACACUUAUGCUCGCGAAUCUCCAUCAUCGCGACACUUGCCGCUAGAUGAGCCACCCAUGCCAGAGGUCAUUGAGGAUGACAUACCUCCCGAUGCUCAUUAUGUCACGUCGGCCUAUGAUUACUAUAACACGCAGGACGUUCCGCACCCGCUCAGAUACGAGCCGUAUCAACCAGAACGGCGCGGACUUAGUCCUAUCUACAGUGUCUCCGGAUACACGGAAGGUGGCAGUGAAGGGCCCCAGCGAGACUCCCGAGGCUACGCAGCGAGUGCGACGCACUCAGACUCUCCGGAGAAAUCGUCUUAUCAUGAGCCAUCGAUCGGGCAUUCCCCCGCUCAUAGCCCUGCGAUUGGUCGGGAUCUCGACCAGAGAAGCGACGGGCGUAGUUCCGUUGCCGAUUACAGACGCACAAUGUCUACUGACGGAAGUGAUCUCGAUCCCUCGUCGAGACAAGCGGUGCGCGGCUUGGGAGCUAACCCCAACAUUGUCCAAGUCCCGGUUGGCUUAGAAUCCCAUGUGGCAUCUCUCGUUGAUGGCUCGAUGAUCGACCAGUCCGUCCUAUCGCAAGAUUAUGGCCAACGAGACUCUACUCUUUCUUACGAUGACAGGCCUCGCUCGUACGUCGAUACCUACAGCGCAAGUCCCACCAAGCGCUCGGUAGACAGCCGUCAUUAUACAGAAGACGACCGCGCCCUGACACCUGUAUCUCACGGGUACACAAACCGGUCUCACGAGUUCUCGGAAGAGUACGACAUUGAUAAGCACGGCCGAAAGGUUCUCCAGACCCAGGCCCAGGCCCAGACCCAGAAUAGGCAAUCCCCGACCGAAUCCGAAGCCGCCAUCACUGCAGGCGCCGCCCUCAAGGCAAUCAAGGCUCUCAAGGCCAACCAAGGAAAGCAGGGCCUUGCGGAGGAUUCCGCCGGAGAUGGAUUCGUUCCCGCUGGAGUCCAAAGGAACAAGUCAUUCAAGGAACGGACGUUGGCCGGACACGAGCCCGCCACUACCCCGACGCAUAGUGUUGACCGUCUGGACUAUGAGGAUGAACCGAAGAUGGGGGCUAGUGGCCUUCCGGACCUCGAUAAUCCAAUGCCGGAAAUAGGCUACGUCGAUGACAGCGAUACCCAAACCAAUGCCUCUGUUGUGCAGGAGCGGCUUGACGGCAUACACGAUACCACUUGGAGCGGCCGGUCGACUCCCAAGGCAAUGAUCGACAACUCUCGUAAGGCCGAGACUCGCCGCCAACACGAUGGGCUCGGUAUCACGGAAAUAGCCCCCACUGCGAACCAAAGCGGCCAGCCCAGUAACGAACAUGUUGAGGAGCCACCGCGAACCUCGGAUGAGAGGAAGCGAGAUACACUCGGAACUAAUCCAUUCGAGGGCAUUAGCCCUGUGGCAAACCCUCACCUGGGAGAGAACCUGUUCCGAAGCGGUAACUACGAUCUCGGCUUUCACACAGGAAGCCCCGGUGGCGGUCAGAUCGAGGAUGAGGGCUACAAGUCUCAAGGCCCCAAUCGGACACCCGAUUUCCAGGCCAAUAAAGGCGUCCUUGAUGUCCCCAAGCCUGCGGAACACGGUGAUGCUGAAGAUCCGUUCUACGAUGCACCCAAGUCCUCGCUCCCAACCCGGCACUUCAGUGGCAUGUCCCAUGGCAUGACGACACCCUUUUACGACGCGGCCACUGGUGGGGGCAUAGAUAGAAUCGAGUCCAAGGAUAUCAUCGCGUUGAUGCAAGAGCUGGUUGCUCGCGACGCCCAGAGGACGGCCCGAGAUACCGAAAUCGCCGCUACCGUCAUGUUCCUUGCGAGAGAAAUGCGCAUGUCCUUCCAAAACGUAGAAGACCGCAUCAAGCAGACCGAGAAUAUUAUUGUCGAUGAGCUCGAUCAGACGGAAAAGACAAUCGUCAAGACUAUUGGAGGGCCUCGGCCGUAUCCCGGCAGUGCUGGCAGGUCCGUGGGUGGAUCGCAAGCUGGUGAGGAUCUGGCAACUAAGAAAGGAAAUAUUAUUCGCCGUGCCCUUAAGGGCCUCCGGACAUCAGGAGCCAAUGAUCUCACUAGAAUCGAAGAUAUGCUCCUCACGCUCCUUAAGGAUGUGGAUGACCUCAAGGCCCAGACUGCCCAGCAAGCUCGAAGCACCGCUCGUCCUUCAUUCGACAAUUUGCAACCCGACAUCCAGUACGAGCAAGAUCAAGGAUACGAGCCGGAAGGGCGCGAUGCAGCAUCGAUGGCUAGCCAAGCCAGCCAGUCAGGUCACCUAGCUGCUCCCCGAGGUGGUCCCCAGCGACGCCUUUCGGAGAAUCGCGUUAGCACAGUCCCCGAGGCCGUUGAAGAGGGUGGCUAUCAUCGCGAAGAAGAAGAUGAGCUUUUAACCGGCCCCCAAUUCACAGACAGCCAUCUCUUGACACCUGGUCAGCAGAACCAACGAGGAAGCUCAGUUCCUCUAGACACACCACCACAACCAGCGCAUCCCGCGCACUCUGGUUCCGUCAGCAACGAGAACACCCCACGUACCGACAAGGCUAAGAAGCACAAAUCAGGCAGCUCCUCGAGUUGGAUUCCCAAGAUUUCGCGGUGGUCAGAGACGACGGCGUCCACGGUCAGCAAAGCCUUCCGAGGCAGCGGGACAUUGCGCAAGGACAAGGAUGCUGAGUAUGUCCAAACCGCUCACUCACGCUCAGGGUCUGACUUGGGUGCAUAUGCCGAUGAUUACCCCCUCACCGACCCGUACGGCGAUGACCACCUCCACACGGGCUUUUCCGACGUGAACCUCGCGCCGCCCCAUCACCCUAUUGAAGGUCCCAGCGGGGAUCCCCCGAGAACCUACAUGACGCCCGAAGACCCCAAGUACAAGGCUCAUAGGAACUCCCUCAACCUGCAGCAUCCGCAGCCGAGGCCCGGACAAACUGAGCGGUUCAAGGCAGCUCUCGAGUCUCAGGCGUACAUUUACGACUCGACGAUGACUCCCCGGUCUCAUGACUGGCGUGGCUCCACAUCGAGUCUGCAUAGGUCGCCUGCCCAGCAUGUGCAUCGCUACAGUGAUGCCUCGGCCCCCGUCGGAGGAGAAUACUGGCCAGACUCCCCGACCGAUGCCAACGUCGGACCCCCGCGUCCGCCGAAGGAGCCUCUUGAUAGCGGCUCGGGUACUCCAGUCCGAGGUGCCCGCUUCUCUAAGCUUCAGAAGACUAGCCCCUUGCCAUACCAUAGCGUGGAGAGCGGAUAUGGCACCGCCACCGCUACUCAUACCAACUACACUGGCAGCCCCAAGCUGGAGAACCGAAACCUCAGCGGAGCCCUUGGUGUUCCGACUCGCCGUCCCAGUGGGCCCAGGGCUAUGACCCCGAAGAGCCCGGAGGAGGAAGCUGCUAGGGAAGAAAGGCGUCGAAAGCGAGAUACUUUUGGAACCAUCGCCAGCCAGGACACCGACACCUUCUAG